AUGCGAGCUGUCCGAAGCGCAUCGCGCCAAAAGUUCUCACGAAUUGAGGCAAAGGUUCGCAUCCUAGUGGCUGUGCUGGCUCCUCUCAGACAAGCCAAGAAGGGAGUUAUCUGGCAUCGGAAGCUGAAUAAACUACAACCACCCGACACAGGAAGCUCAAACUUGGUACAGAACCUAUCCUCCAAGCAACUAACGGAACGACGACUACGUGUGCUCCAGCACGAAGCGUGUUUGAACUCCACCGAUACCGACCCUGCCGAUUUCAUUGCAGCCGUAGAAGCCAUGGUUGUGAGGAUGGAAACAACAAACAAUGAGAAACAAUCCAUUCGACAGCGGGCCACCUCCUUGCUGACGACACACCGACGAGCCCAAUGGGUUUCGAAGAAUGAGGCGAAAGCUGUUCAGGAACUAAGAACGGACGACAAUAGUAUCCUACUGCCCGCGAAUAAGGGACGGUCAACAGUCGUCAUAAACCGAGAAGACUACAAUGAGAAAGCCAAAGCUCUAUUUGAUGACGGAGAAUUCUACGGUCCAGGACAAAGCUCAGAAGAAUAA